AUGGUAACCAGUAUUUCGAACAUGUACGACCAUUUUGACGAUGAGAUUGACUUGCCAAACACUACUAUGGAUUCCCCGUCGCAAUCACAAUCAGCAGAUGGAAUAUUGGUGAUAAUGGUUGUCCGUGCAAAACAUCUACCCAACCGAAGAAAACUAGAUAAACAAUCACCCUAUGUUGUUAUAAGGUUAGGAACUACUGCCAAAAAGACAAAAUCAGAUUUUCGGGCUGGCCAAACACCAGAAUGGACUCAUGAACUCAGAUUUGAAAUAGCUCGGGAAAAAAAGCCACUACUAAAAAUUGAUCUUUUGGAUGAAACAAAAGGUGAUCCAACGCCGAUUGGUAGUUGUGAGAUUGAUGCAUCUCAAGUAUUUUCCGAUCUGGGGAAUAAGCGAGAUGGAAAGUACAUCCUAGAUAAAUGGUAUGAUUUGGCAUUUCAAGGUAAAAGGGCAGGUAUGCUUUAUUUGGAAAUGACAUUUUACCCAAGUGCACCUGUAUUACCACCAAAGGUGCCAUACCAUGAAGAGGAAUAUCACGUUGUUGAUGGUGAUGGUGAUGGCGGGCCGUACGGCGGUUCUUUGUCACCAGUGCAAUCUCCUCCACCACAAUCUUACUAUUAUGAAUCGAAUCCACUCAACGAUGUAUUUGUCUCCCUGGAAAACUCAAAACACAGUAAGAGAUCCUCAAUAUUUCUGAAGACUAGUCAAUACUUUAUCAGCACUAAUGAAGGAAGUGCUUCGAGUCAUGAAAAUCCAGAUGAGGUUAUUAUACUGCACCCCAAAGUAGGCAGCAAGAGCCCCAAUAAGUACAUGUCAAAAUUCAACAAGAUUAAGGACAAGUUUCAAUCAAAGCAAUCAAUAUGGGGCAAACCAGCCUGUGAUAGCAGUACAAGCGCAUUCUUCUCAGGUCCAUCUAGACGAAAUAUUUCUCCCAUUAGUGUAUAUGGAUCUGGAGACUUGGACGAGCUUGAACAAGACUUGUCGAGAAGCCAUAUUGGUCAGAACCAAAAGUUGGACGAUUUUGAUCUUGACCUUGAGUUUAAAGCACCACCUCCACCACCACCGCCUCAUCAGUCUCAUUCUAAGCCAUUACCAGCACCACCUGGUAGAAAACCGCCAUCACCAAUAUCGAAUAUAAACCUCAAAGACAGCACAUCAAUCCCGUUUUCAGCCGACUCAAUAGGUUUAGAUGAUAAUGUUGAAAACUUGCCAACCAAAGUAUACUUACUAGAUGAGCCAGUCAAGUCACUAACGUGCAAUGCCAAGCACAAUGUUAACCUGGAAUUACCAAUCAAAGAUGAAAUAGAUCCAAAGUACUUCGCCCCUACUCCAAGUGAACAUUUUAACAGGCAAAUGAGAUUUUCAAAUAAUGCGGUAACAAAAGAUGACCUCAAGGUGGAUCUAAGAACUAAUAGAACAGGAUACGUAGGUAAUGGUAAAUUCAGUCCAAGUGUUUUUCAAAAAGCUAGUAUCAACAAGCCAUUCAAUGUUUAUGACGAUAGUGAUGAUGAUGAAGAAGAACCAAAGCCCGAAGUGCCACCAAAAAUCCCCAAAGGAUUGAACGAGAUGGAGUAUUACAUUUUAGAGAAGGAGAAAUAUCUUCGUGAUCUUCAAGCAAGAAGAGCUUGA